AUGCCUGUACACUUGAGGGUCUUCGGGUCGCCGCAGCUGCUGCAUCGCCGCAGUAAGAGGAGCGGCAAACAGCAGACACCCCGAUCUGCUGCUGCAGCAAGUGCAGCAGAUGAAGCAGCUGCUGAUUCUUCAGGGCCCCCGAGGUCCCCACAACAACCCAACACUUUCUACCCUGAUGACUCCCCCCAGCUGCUGCUGCCGCAGCAGCAGCGCAAUAAGGGAACAGGUGCUGCUGCUUCGAGCACCUGGAUGCAUCCCCUGCAGGUCAGCUGCCUGGUGUCUGCAUCUGCUGUUUCUGCUGUUGCUGCUCCUACGAGCCGCAUUGCUAUUGCUGCCUGGGCGGGUGUUCCACCUGCUGCUGCUGCUUCUGCUGUACCUGCUCCUGCUGCUGCUGGUUUUUGUGGUGGUGCUGCUGGUGCUGGUGCUGCUGCAGGUGACAGGGCUACUUACAUGAUCUUCAUUGCUAAUCUCUUUGCCUUUGCUGCUGCUGCUGCAGUAUAUAUAAAUCCUCAUGACUUGCAUCGGCUGCAUGCGCUGCAGGCAACUGCAGCAGCUGAAGGUUUCCCCACACCAGCAGGUUCCCCACAAUAUAAUGGAGGGAGGGACGGCAAUACUGCAGCAGUAGCAGCAGCAGGUGCCGCUGCUGGUGCCGCUGAGAAGGAUGGUGAGCAGAAAGCAGACAAGAGGCGGAUGCGGGGGGGGCCCCAUUGGCAUCGGAGGGCCCCCCAGAGACCUGCUGCAGAAGCACCCAGCAGCCGCCGCCGCUAUAAGAGAGUAUUGAAUCUAACAGGGAGAAAGCAUGGAGCAGCAGCAGCAGCAGCAGAUGACGCAACGGAUGCAACAGCAGGAGCCAGCGGUUCACCCCAAUCGCCACAAGCGGAAGAAGGAGUCACAGAAAUGCAGGCAUUAGCAGCAGCAAAGGGACAGCAGCAACAGCCACCGCUGGACCCUUCAGACACAGCAGCACCACACGAGGCAUCCCCUGCUGCUGUUGCAUCUAAACCCAAAAGGCACAACAUUUUCAAGGUUUUCCUGCCAUCCCGGAGAACUGAGCAGCAGCUGCAGCAGCAACAGCAGCAGCAGCAGCAGCAACAGCAGCAGCAACCGGAGGGCCCGCAGCAAGAACAGCCGCAGCAGGAACAGCAGCAGCAAGACGUGCAGGCUGCAGCAGAGCUGCAGCAAAACCCAGCAGCAGCAGCAGCUCCCCCAUCUGUAGCUGCUGCUACUCUUCCUAAAAGCCAAUUAGAAGCAGCAGCAGACAAGCAGGAGGAGACACAAGGAAGCCCUGCCCCUUUAAAAUCCCCUAGGAGGCAGCGCCUGUCAAUGAGGCAUCACAAGCAGCAAAAGCAGCAGCAGAAGCAGCAGCAGCAGCAGCAAAAGGAGGAGGAGGAGCAGCGGCAAAAGGAGGAGGAGCAGCAGCAGCAAGAGCAGCAAACCGAAAAUGAAAUGCUGAUAGUUGAAGCACUCGAAGUGCCCUUACAUGAUCAGCAGCAGCAACAGCAGCUGCCACAACAACAGCAGCAGGAGCAGCAGCAAGAGCACCAGCAAGGGCAACUGCAGGAGCAACAGCAGCAGCAAGAAAAGCUGCAGCAAGACAAGCAGCAGCAAGAACAGCAGCUGCAAGAAGAGCGGCAGCAAGAACAACAGCAAUGUCGCAAGAAGCAGUCAGAACAGGAACAAGAACAGCAGGAGCAACAACAGCAGCAACACGAGCAGCAGCAGCAAGAUCCGCAGCAAGAGCAGCAGCAACAGCAGCAAAACAAACACCACCACCGCCGCAUUCAUUCUGUUAGGCGGGCACGCAACCCCACAAAUGUAGGAUCGUUUGUUGCACUAGACAGCAGCAGCAGCAACAACAACAACAAAAAUAACAGCAACAAUAACAGCAACAAUCACCACCACCACCACCACCGCAACAGCAGCAGUAACAGAAGCAGCAGCAAGAAGGACAAAACCGACGGAAGCAGCAGCAAACGCCGCAGAACAAAAGGCCCCCAGAGCCCUCCGGUGCAGCAGCAGUGUCCAGAUGACCAGCAGCAGCAGCAGCAGCAAGAGCAGCAGCAGCAGCAAGAGCAGCAGCAGCAGCAAAAGGAGCAGCACCACAUCCAUCUACCGUUGCUGCGGCGGCAGAGGGCUACCCGUUUUUCGUCUUUGCAUUCACAGCAGCAGAAGCAGCAGCAGCAGCAACAGCAGCAACUGCUGCAUGAGGGGUCUGCGCAGGCAUAUGAUUCUUUGGGCCUUCCUGUGUAUGACCAGCUUCCGCAGCAAGGGUCUCAUGCAAUGGAGCAGCAGCAAAGGCAGGAGGAGCUGCAGCAGCAGCAACUAGGAGCAGCAGCAGCUGUUGCUGCUCAGCAGCCGAUGCUGUCAUCUCCUCGGGUGUCUCUGCUUGAGCGUCAGGCCUCCCUUAUACAGAGACACCGCGAGCAGCAGGAGAAUCGCAGGCAGCAGCAACAGCAGCAACAGCAACAGCAGCAGAUGAAGAGCCGCAAAUACGUAGGACCGCAGCAGCGGCUGUUAGCUGUUGCUCCUCAGAAUGCUAGACGCAGCGCUGAUGACAUAAGGGUAUCGCUGCCACGGCGGCAGUUGCUGCUGCAGCAGCAAGAGCAGCAGCUGCAGCGGCGAGAGCAGCUGCUGCAGCAACGAGAGCAGCUGCUGCAGCAGCAGGAGCUGCAGCGGCAGCAAGAGCAGCAGCUGCUGCAGCAGGAGCUGCAGCGGCAGCAAGAAGACCUGCAGAAGAGGCAGGAGCUGCAGCGACAGCAGGAGCAGCUGCUGAAGCAGCAGGAGCUGCAGUGGCAGCAACAGCUGCAGCAGCAGCAAAUGCAGCAGCAGCAGCGGGAAGCAACUACACCGCUGCAAACAGCACAGCAGCCGCAAAACGACUUGAAACAGCCGCUGCAGCACAUGGAGCCGCAGCAGCAGCAGCAAACCCAAGAACAGCAGAACCAAUGCCAGCAACAACAACAACACGAGCAGCAGCAGCUGUUGCUGCUGCAGCAGCUGCAGCAGCUGCAGCCAUGGCUAUUUGAAGCAGCUGCAGCAGCAGGACCUCGUACCAUGCAAAGCUUUCCUGCUUCCCCUCGUUUGUCGCUGGUGGAGAGACAGUCGCUGCUGCUAGUGCAGCAGAAGCAGCAGCAGCUGAAGCAACAACUGCUGCGGCUGCAGCAGCAGCAGCUGCUGCUUCAACAGCAGCAGAAACAAAUAAGGAAAGCGCACUCUAGCCGUCAUUUUGUUAAACAAGGAAGUCCUUUGCUGUCACGUCUCUCCUCCGAUAGCUCCCCCUUUCUGCCUAGACAGCAACAGCAGCAGCAGCAGCAUCUGCGAACGUACAACAGUCUACCCUCGCCGCCGCCGCCGCCGCAGCAGCAGCAGCAGCAGCGACUGCAGCAGCAGCAGCAGGAGCAGCCUCGUAGGGCCUCAACAUUCCCUGUAUCGUCAUCUUCUGAUCGUCUCUCUCUUGUGGACAGACAAAUCUCGCUGCUGCAGAGGCAGCGGGAGGAGCGGCUGCAGCAGCAGCAGCGCAAGCGGGAGCAAGAGCUGCAGCAGCAGCAGCAGCAGCAGCAGAAGCAGCAGCAGCAACAGCAGCAUGUGCCGCUGCAGCAAUUCACCCUACGCAAGCCAACUAACUCCUACCUAGCCCUUGCAAGAGCUUCAGUAGCAACAAUAAAAAGGGCAAGGGAAGCAGGUGCUGCUGCACUAAGAGCAGCAGAAGCAGCAGCAGCGAGCCGCGUAGCCUCGCAGCACCAGCAGCCGCACCAGCAGCCCCUGUUGAGGCAAGCCUCUGCUGCUGGUGCCGCGCAACACGGAAUGCAUGAGGAGCAGCUAAGGAGGAGGGGUGGCAAUGCAACCUCGGAAGUAGCAGCAGCAGCAACAGCAUCUGGUGCUGCUGCAGCAGCAGGUCGUGGGGCACCUCCUCCUCAAGAGAGUACCCCUAAGGAAGCAGAACCGAACACAGCAGCAGCAGCAGCAGCAGCAGGCCAUGAUGACCGUACUCCGCUAGUAAGCGCGAGGUCUACCCCACAGGAUGCAGACAGGCUCAGAACGCCACGAGGAGACAGUCCAGUCUCUUUCCAGCAGCAGGAGGAGCAGCAGGAGGAGCAGCAGCAGCAGCAGCAGCAGCAGCAACAGUCGGGUGAUGCAGCAGGUAGGCAUACUGCAACAAACGAUACAGCGUGCAACACGGAGGAUAUAUAUGAAGAAGCAGCAAAUGCUGCUACCUUAUCAGCUUCUGUUGCUGCAGCAGCAGCUGCUGCAGUGGCCGCUGCAGCACCGACCACCCCACAGCAGCGAGAAACUGCCACUAAAGCUGCUGCUGCUGCAGCAGCAGCAGCAUUCGGAAAAGCUAUUUCCCCUGCUGCAGCACAGCCUCAACCGUUUCCUGAUGAUGAGGACCCAACAAGCCCGCGUGACACUUCAACUCCCGCUGCAGCAGCCGCAGCAGCAGCUGCUGCAGCAGCCGCAGCGGGAGUGCUGCAGCCAUCUAUGCUUAGGGGCAGCAGCCCUCUAAACCCUCGGGGGAGGGAGCAGCAGAAGUCUCCGCUGCAGCAGCAGUUCACCAGCGUCAACAGCCGCAGCAGCAGCACCAGCAGGAACGGCAGGGUUUCCCCUGAGGCUCCGGCUGCCUCUCGCUUCUCUCCGUCCCCUACGGCAUCCGCAGCAGCAGCUGCCGGAGCAGCAGCGGGUGCUGCCGCCGCCGCCGCAGCAGCAGCAGCAACGGCAGCAGCAGCAAGCCUAGAAGCAACAGAAGCAGUAGCAUUAGAGCUAGAAGACUCGACAGGUGCUAUACAAAAUGUAUCCGUGAAGCAAGGGGAAUCUGCUGCUGCUGCUCUGCACGCAUUUUGCGUGCAGCAAGGCAUUCCUGCUGCAGGAGAGCAGCAGCUGCAGCAAGCCCUAGCAGCAGCUCAGCAGCGGCUGCACGAGCAGCAGCAGCAGCACAGCGAAGCCUCCAAAUCCCCAAGCCAAUACACAAACAAACAGCAGGAGAAGCAGCAGCAGGAACAGCAGCAGCAACAGCAGCGGCAACAACAGCAGCAGCCAGGGCAGCAGCAGCAGCAACAGCAGCAGCAACAACUGCAGCAACAACUGGAGGAAGAGCUGCAGCAGCAACUGCAGCAACAGCAAAUUGCUGCUGUUGCUGCUGAAUUAGCGGAUUUAGACAUGGAGACAGAAGACACACCUUGGGAUGCCUCUUUGCCUGCGUCUCUCUUUCAAGAGGAUGAAGUUGUCUUGCUGCGGCCCCCGCAGCCGCAGCAGCAGCAACAACAACAACCGCAGCAGUCAGGGCAGCAGCAGCAACAACAGCAGCAGCAACAACAAGAGCACCAGCAGCUGCAGCAGGAGCAGAAACCUAGCCAGCCUGCGCUUGUUCCAAGCCCGGUGGGGCACCCACAAUCCGUGCAACAGCAGAAAGAGCAGCAGCAGCAGCAGAUGCCAUCGGAGACGCAGAAGCAAAGAGGAUUGCUGCAGACACCCCAACGGCUCCAGCAGCUGCUGCCGAGGCCGCGCAGCCGCAGCCUCCAUACGAUUCUGGUGCAUCAGCAGCAGCAACAGGCUUUGCUUCAGCAGCAGCAGCAACAGCAGACUUUGAUGCAGCAGCAAAAACAACAGGCGUUGCUGCAGCAGCAGCAACAACAGGCUCUGCUGCAGCUGCAACAGCAACAACAGGUGUUGCUGCAGCAGCAGCAGCAGCAACAAGCGUUGCUGCAGCAACACCUUCAGAGUCCCAGCUACAAAGGCAGCAAACUGCAGCAAACACCUUCUGCUUCCCCUGACCCGCUGUUGCUGCAGAUGCAUGCAGCUGUACCUCAGCAGCAGAUGCAGCAGCAGAUGCAGCAGCAGCAGCCUCUGCAGCUAUCACCUCAGCAGCCGCCCUUGCAGCCACAGCAGCAGCUACUUCAGCAGUCACCUGAACCAUCACAGCAGCAGUCGUUGCAGCAGCCGUUGCAGCAGCCGCUGCAGCAGCAACCACAGCAGUCUGUGCCGCAGUCGCCUCAGCAGAAAUUGGAGCAGCAGCUGCAGCAGCCUCUGCAGCAGUCACCUCAGCAGCAACCACUGCAACAGUCGCUGCAGCAUUUACUACAGCAGCCACAGCAAAUAGCCCCGCAGCAGCUACACCAGCAGCAGCAGCAGCAGCAGCAGCCAGAGCCAUGGUAUAGUCCAGUGGAGCAGACAGAAGCUGCGUCGCUGCAGCAGCGGCAACCAGACAUGAGCGAUAUUAGCUGCUGUGUAACUCCACAGAAGCAGCAGCAGCAGCAGCAGCAGCAGUUGCAGCAAGACGGGGCAUCAGCCUCCCCACCUUUCCUACUGCCGAGCUGCCGACCGCAGCAUUCCUCGUGGCAGCAGCAGCAACAGCAGCAGCAGCAACUGCUGCUGACACAACUGCAACUGCCGCAGCAGCAGAAGCAGAAGCAGAUGCUGGCUCCAACACAGCAGGAACUGCUGCAGGAUCAACGCCAGCGAGCACAGCAGCAGCAGUUGCUGCUGCAGUUGCAACAACAGCAACAGCAACAGCAGCAGCAACUGCAGCAGCUUCAGCAACAGCAGCUGCAGCAGCAGCUGACACAAGAGCAUUCGUGCUGCAGCUAUCUCGGUAUUGAGAGUCCCAAGGCCUUCGCUUCUCUGCAGCCUUCUUACAAUAGCACCAACAGCAGGAGCAGCAGCAGCAGCAGCAACAGCAACAGCCCCCUUUUCUUAUCUCCUCGUUCAGCGACUGCACACGCGCUGCUUCCCGAGAUGCAACAGCAGCAGCAACAGCAGAAGGAGCUGCAACAGGCCCUUUCUUUGCUACAGCAGCAGCAGCAGCAAAGGAAGAGGGGUAAAGGUAAGAAGGAGCAUCAGCACAAGCAGCAGGAGCAGCAACAGAGGCUGCUACAUCUGUUGCAGCGGCAGCAGCGGCACCUGCACCGGUCAGAGAGCGCAGCAAAGAAACAAAAGCGGCUGCUGCUUGAGCAGCAGCAGCAACAACGCGCAGCACGGCUGCAGCAGCAGGUGCAGCAGCUGCACCGACAGGUGCGGCGGCUACUGCGGCAGCACCAAGGGGAGCAGCAGCUGCUUCUGCAGCAGCUUCAGGGGGGGAAAGAGCAGGAGCAGCAGCUGGAGGGUCUGCAGGCGCAGCAGCAGCUGCUGUUGCAGCAGCUGCUGCAGCAGGACGCCAAUGUCAUGAGGGCGUUGGAUAUGCUACAAGAGCUGCAGACAACAGCAGCAGCAGCAGCAGCAGCUGCUGCUGCUGCUGACACCCCCACAAUGCAGCAGCAAGAUGUCCUACUGACGCCUCGAACGCAGCAGCUGCAGCUGCAGCAAAGACAGCUGCUGCAGCAGCAGCUGCAGCAGCAGCAGCAAAUGUUAGAGCAGCGGACUCAGCAGCUAUGGCAGGAGCAGCUGCUGUUGCAGCAGCGGAGAGAAGAGUAUCAGCGACAGCUGCUGCAGCUGCAGCUGGAAAUGCAGGUGCAGCCGCCGCAGCAGCAGCAGCAGCAAUCAGGGCUGCAGCAAACUGUUAAGCGGGUGCUGCAACGCAUUGGGGUUGCUGCUUCAGACAACACAGCAGCAGCGGACGCAGCGAAGGCUACUGCAGCACAGACACAGGCGCUGCAGGCAAGAGCCCUUCAAUGGAGGGGCCUCGUUGAGCAGCAGCGGCGCUGCCAGCUGCUUCAGCAACAGCAGCAGCAAGAUAUCCUGCGGCAGCAGAAGCAGCAGCGGCUGCUGCACCUCGCAGAUGUGCUGUCAGCAACAGCAGGUAAGAACCCGCAGCAGAUACACCAGGCUGCCCGCAGCAGCAGCAACAGCAGCCGCCGCAUGCGACCAAGGCGAUACUAUGACGCAGAGAGCAGCAGCAGCAGCAGCAGCAGUAGUAGUAGUAGUAGCAGCAGCAGCAGCAGCACGACUCCUAGCAGCAGCUGCAGCAGCGAGCUGCCAGACGCAGCCUUUACACCCAAAGUGCGGCAGCAGCAGCAGCAGCAGCAGCAGCAGCUGACGCUGCUGGCUUCGGGUUGA